AUGACAUUAUACCAUUCAGUAUCACUUACUUUUGAACCCGCUUUGAACAAGACUCUUUGCCUUUCUCCCCAUUUUCCGCGCGUUGGCGGGUUCACGAAUUCUCUGCAAACUAAGUGGCUUCUCUCGCGCGUGGAGAUGUCAGAUGCUGAAGUGCAACAGCUGGUUGAGAUGGGUGCGACACCUGCCCAGGCGCGUGCUGCGUUGAAGCAGUACAAAGAUGUCAUGCAAGCGGCCGAACGAUUCUUCGAAGGGAAAUUUGAUCACAUAAAGGGCGACGAUACAGAAAUGGAGACGAGCUCUCGAAAGUCGAUCCGAAGGCCUCCAACACCUGAAGACGAUGAGGAUGAGGAUAUGGGCCCAGAAGAUGGGGAACAAGAUGAUGAUGACGAUGACGCAGGAGAUUAUGUAGAUUACGACUCGGACUUCGAGAUGAGUGGCACCAACGCCAGUACGGCUGCGCAUGUCAACGUCGAUCCAUAUACUGGCAUCUUCUUUUCCAAAGAUCGAAAGGAAGAGGUCAUAGAGGUUGAAGAAUAUCCGGAAACAAUCGUCACUGAAACAAACGACACAGUUUCUCUGAUGACACAAGGCCAAUGGAUGAAAGGGUGCCCAGAAGGCGGAGAGCAAAGCUUUUUGUUCAGUCUCUACUCUCAGUUGAGCACACCUAACACUCCCUGCCCCCAAGAGUGUGGGGCAUCAAUCCCUCGCUCGAAAGGCAACUUCUUUGCCCUACAUCCAGACUUUUCAACCUACAUUUCUCGACUCCGGAACUCCGUUGUCAAGAUCUGUCCUCGUUGUCAUUCCAAAGUCUGCCUUGCCUGCGGUGAACCUGUGUCUGCAGAUCAGGAGAAAUACGCGUCUACAAGAGAGGAUCCCCUCUUUCAUUGCUCGAAUCUUCAAGGAGUGAUUUUAGGCGUCGGGUUGACAAUGCUCGAGCAAUCAUUCAAUGAACAGAGCCCUGAGCAAGCUGAUACAAAUGAUGUAUCGACACGAAAUAGUAAGCGGCGGAAAACCGGCAUAGACCAUGAAGUUGACGAUGAAAAUGUCUACUACCCGCAUGCAGGAAAGAAGGCAAAGGGUGGCAUAGGCUAUGACGGUGACGCUACAGAGGAUAACUCUGGGCAAGUGAAAGCACUCGCUGCCCAACGUGCGAAGGACGAAAGGCUCGGAAAGCUUUUAAGUGCGAUACGUGUGUAUCUUCCCAAUCUCAACAGAGAAGGCGGAGGUCGAACCAGUGACUACCUUGUGCACCCAACUACUUUGGCGCACCUUCGACGACGCUUCAAUCAUAUCUGUAGUAUCCUCCUGAGGAACGAUUCGCUGGCAGAUAUGUCAGAGCGCUCGAUCAUCUAUUUUGAGCUGCUAGAAUGGCUUGAGACAAUAUCUAACCAUGAAGCCUUGGCGAGCAUGAUGGCGAUGCCUAUCAUGGUAGUUGCUUUAGUAAAAGCAGUUAGCGCUAAGAAUCCUCAAGUUCGGGAACGAACCAUUGUAUAUGAAGGAAGUUCGGGACCUCGGGAAUUACUGGAAGGCAUUGCUAUCCAAGCCCAAGCUGCUUUGAAAGGACUAGAGGGUCACAAGGUACCUGAGGUCGUUCCAGAUGAACUCACAGAGGAGCAGAAGCGCAUGACUGUUGACAUGAGGGAGAAGGUAGAGGAACAUACUGCGACAUCGGUAUCUGACGAAAAUCAGAAGCUUAUUCGUUUCUGCCGACGCAUACUUGCAACUGUCAAAGCUAUCGACCGUUCCUUGCGCGACACGAAAGGGGACGCUUUCGUUGACCGUCUACAUGCGUCCCUUCCGAAAAUAGCAUCCUCAUCUACAACUGAAUACCGUGUCGGAGCAGGGGCGUCAGACGAAUCAGUCCAGAAAGUGUACCUCGAUUGGGCCACAAACGUUCGCUUCGAAUACUGCGAUCUUACGAUUCUUCCAGCAGCAGGAGUUGACGAAACAGACCCUACACCACAUUACAAAUUUUUCUACGACAACGAGGCUCGAAUGCUAGCGAACUCCGACAUUCCCAAACGAUCACUUGCCAUUGCAAAGGAGCUUGCAAUCUUGACCACCAAUUUGCCUGUGUCCUGGGGGUCGUCAAUUUUCCUAAGAGUUGACGAAACGCGGGUGGACGUGAUCAAGGCAUUGAUCACUGGCCCUGAAGGAACUCCCUACCACAAUGGGUGCUUCUUAUUCGACAUUUUCCUCGGUCCAAGCUAUAAUCAAUCACCACCGAGUGUAAAAUACAUGACGACCAACGGGGGCAAAUUCCGUUUCAACCCCAAUCUGUACGCGGAUGGCAAAGUCUGUCUGUCUCUGCUGGGGACUUGGCAAGGUCCUGGAUGGGUUUCAGGAAAGUCGACACUGCUUCAAGUUCUCAUAUCCAUUCAAUCCAUGAUUCUUUGUGAUGAGCCUUACCUCAACGAACCUGCAUGGUCUGGUUGCAGCGGGACCUCUCAAUCCAAAGCUUACUCUGCAAACGUGCGCCGCAUGGUCGUCAAGACGGCGAUGCUUGGAAACCUGAAAGCACCCCCUGAGCCAUUCGCUGACAUUAUCUCAACACACUUCCGCUUGAAGGCACGCUCUAUUUCCGCGCAGCUUGACGAAUGGCUCCAGCUUGAUGAUGGAAAAUCAACAUUAUCGGAUGGCGGCGUCUACUCUGGUGGGGGUGUCAAAGCCGAAGGUUCAGGAAGCUCUAAUGGGUUGGUCAAAGAUGUUGAAGAAUUGAAGGCGAUGCUAAAGGAGUUGGGGGACACUGCAUAG